UAGAGCAGACGGCCAGACUGAAUUGCUUUUUGACUGACCGACCACGCUCGAGAAGCUGCAGGGCGUGGGAGGAGCGAUCGACCAUGGGCCAUUCGAAUCAUUCAUCCAAAUCAUUCAUUUUUGUGUCCAACGCAGCCGCCGCAUGCUCUAAAAGAUCUCUCUUGCUAACUAACUAUCACCUUGUCAUCUAUCUGCAACCUCCUUUCUGAUUCCAUUUCAACACCAUGAGCGAACAACAGCAACAAGCCACCACCACCAUUGAUCUGGAUUCCAUGAGUCUAGAAGAACUGAAUCAAGCCAAGCAACAAGAAGAGCAACGGUUGCAGGCACUGACCAGUCGGUAUGCGCAACUCCGCUCUGCCGCGGCCCGUUUGAAUGCUUCCCAACGUGCCGUGAACGAGCUGUCUCCAUCGUCGGAAGGAAAAGAAGUCAUGGUACCGCUCACGGAGUCGGUCUAUAUCCCCGGCAAGAUUCGAGAACCCACCAAGCUAUUGGUCGAAUUGGGGACUGGCUAUUUUGCCGAGAAAUCUUCCAAGGAUACCAAUGCCUUUUUGGAGCGUAAAAUUCGCCUAGUGGAUCACAACAGUGAGAAUGUGACCAAAGCCAUUCAAGUGACAAGACAAAAUAUGGAACAUAUUGCCAUGACGAUGCAGGGUAAAAUGAUUGAAAUUCGAGCCAAACAAGAAGGACAGCGCGUCAAAGCAGCAGCUGAGAGUUCAUAGGAGGUGCUGGUGGAAGGAUGGUUUUAGUUAUUUUAUCAGAAUGUGAUGAUUCGAUUCUGGUUGCAAAUUUUGUCGAUGGCAGUGUGGAAUUGUCUCGGGAAGAUCUAAUUGGUUUUUCAUUGACGGUACCAUUCAAUGCUGUUUGCUAGGUAGUAUUGUCGCGGCUACCUUAGACUGGACGAUUAGAACAGCACGAGAUAGAGUUACGAGAAAUCCCACUAGCUAGUAGUUACAAUCUCAAAAGGCAGAUAGACGUAUACACCAGUGCUGCUCAUAUCAUCUUCGUAACCACAGUUACUACAUGUAGCUUGUCAUUGCCAGC